AUGGCUUCGAAAACGAAAAUUGACAGUACUGUCAACUCAGGUAGGUCUAAAGUUACUGUGACAACGGCAGGAGUGAUGUCCGCAGGAAUUUCACGCAAACGAAUUCCCUCGACCACUGGAGGAAGUACUCCAGAGUCACCCGUGAAGACACGCAUAUCCGAUGGAUCCCCAGCAUACACCAGCUUAUCAACACCAGAAAGCUCACCAGCGAGUCUCUCAGCUAAAGCAAACCGGUUGUACCAAGAGGCAAAAACCCAAAUGGAACAGUCGGGUAAUAUAAAGACUUCAAUAAAGGAGACAGUGCUCAGCAAUCUAGCGGGGAUGUAUGAGAUUAUUCUCCGAUUGAGUGAGUCGAGACAGACACUCCAUGCACAACUCGAAAAAGCCCGAGCAGAAAGUACAGCGACAUUAUUAAAACGCGAGAGGGAACACGCGGAGCAACUAACAAAAGCGCAUAAAUUAAGAACUGUAACCUCAACCGAAUCGCCACCAACAAUCGAUUUAAUAAACGAGCUUAUAGAAAACUUACAAGACCAUGCGAAAACAGUAGUGGAAUGUAAACAACAUACCAUAAUGCUCACCGAACAACUGAAACAAACUCCACAGAAUAACAACUUGGAACGAACUUAUGCACAAGCAGUAGGCUCCCAGGGAAUACUUAAAAGACACGUUGGAACACGCGUGGUUCAACGAAACAAUAACAGGACAAAGCCUGUAAAGGCGGCCAUAGUGGUUUUUGACGAGAAUGUGGAGAUUAUUGAAAGCCCCACAUUGACAACAGAAAAUAUAGCAGUUGCUAUAUUAAAAACAAAUGAAUGGACCAUGGGAGUCAUAUCGAUCUACAUGGAGGAUUAUAUGCCAAUCGAACCAUAUUUGGACAACAUAAAAGCCAUUGUUAGGACCAUAGGAACCACCAAAAUACUGCUUGGAGGAGAUAGUAAUGCAUGGAGCACAUGGUGGGGAAGUGUGACAGAAGAUCAUAGAGGAGAGGCACUGUCGGGAACAUUAGAAGAGCUAAACUUGCAAAUUCUUAAUAUCGGGAACGAACCAACAUUUGACACCAUAAGAGGAGGGAAACACUACAAGAGUCAUGUUGAUAUCACGGCAUGCACAUUGGAACUACUAGGAGUCGUAAAUGAUUGGAGAAUAGAUAAACAUGUAACUAGCUCAGACCAUAAUGCGAUUAGAUUUAAUAUAAAAUUGAAAAGACCAACACAAGACAGACAAAGAAGUACGACAAGAAUAUUCAAUACGAAAAAGGCUAAUUGGCUCCUAUUUAAAGAAGAAUUGACAAACCAAAUAAAAAGAAGGAAUAUAGAUAAAAAUGAGAUCAAUAACAUUGUAACUAAGAAAGCUUUAGAACUAAUGAUAGAAAAUUACAUUGACGGUGUAAAGAAAACAUGUGAAAAGACGAUAUCUCUAAUUAAAUUUAAGAACAGACCGAAAAUAAUAUGGUGGAAUGAAGACUUGGAAAAAUUGAAAAGAGACAUGAACACCAAAAAGAGAAGAAUACAAUGUGCUGCACCAAGCCGUAAAAUAUGGGUAGUGAAUGAGUUCCUCCUAGCAAAAGGGAAAUAUGAAGAGGAAGUAAUAAAAGCCCAAACAGAAAGUUGGAACAACUUCUGCACAAAACAGGAUAGCGAGAGUAUGUGGGACAGUAUCUAUAGAGUAAUGGCAAAAACGACCAAAAGAUACGAAGACCAACCACUCGUAAGGAAUGGGAUAGCUCUGAGUGUGGAUGAAUCAGUGAAGUGGCUAACUGAGACUUUCUUUCCAGAUGAUCGUGAAGAAGACGAUAAUGCAGAACAUCAGCUAACAAGAUUAACAGCAAGCAAACCUGACUCAAAAGCUACUGACAAAAUGGAUCCGCCUUUCACUAUGGCUGAACUUAAUUACGUGAUAAACACCUUUAAUCCAAAAAAGGCGCCAGGUCCAGACGGUUUGACUGCGGACAUAUGCUCAGUUGUAAUAUCCCAAGAACCAGAAGUCUUCCUGAAUAUAGCGAACAAAUGCCUACAACUGUCACAUUUCCCAAUACCCUGGAAAGAAGCGAGGGUGAUAGUGAUAAGAAAACCAGGCAAAGAUAACUAUCUGGCCCCAAAAUCUCAUAGACCAAUAGGACUUUUGUCAGUCAUGGGCAAAAUGCUUGAGAAAAUGUUCAUAAGGAGGAUUAUAUGGCACCUCCAACCUCAAGCAAAUCCUAGGCAGUAUGGUUUCGUCCCACAACGCAGCACUGAGGACGCUCUGUAUGACCUGUUAAAACACAUACGACAAAACUUGACCAAAAAACUCAUAAACGUAAUAGUGUCGCUCGACAUAGAAGGAGCGUUUGAUAGCGCCUGGUGGCCGGCAAUACAGUGCCGACUGGCAGAGAAACGCUGCUCCAUUGGGGGCCCCACAUUUUGGAAUAUUCUACUAGACCCCCUGUUGGAUGGGUUGGAGAAACGUGGGGUAUAUUGUCAAGCAUUUGCUGACGAUGUUGUCCUGAUAUUCUCCGGAGGAACUAGCUCAGUUAUACAAGAUAAUGCCAACAACAUCUUGGCAUAUGUACAUGAAUGGGGAGUCAAAAAUAAACUCAAAUUCGCGCCACAUAAAACAAAGGCUAUGAUUAUAACCAAGAAGCUUAAAUAUGAGACGCCACAUAUACAAAUGGGAGGAACUGAGAUAACAUUAGUGGAAGAAAUGAAACUACUCGGCCUUACAAUUGACCACAAAUUGACUUUCCAGAAACAUGUGCAACUAGUUUGUCGCAAAGCCGCUAAUAUCUACAAGCAACUCGCACGUACAGCUAAAAUUGAGUGGGGACUAAAUCCGGGGAUUAUCAGGACAAUAUAUGUAGCAGUGGUAGAACCGAUAAUCUUAUAUGCAGCUAUUGCGUGGGCAACAGCAUCAGAAAAAAUUACUAUUCAAAAACAGCUGAAUGUAAUCCAGAGAGGAUUCGCGCAAAAAAUGUGCAAAACUUACCGAACAGUCUCCCUAAAUGCCGCACUACUCCUAUCAAGAUUGCUUCCUCUAGAUCUUCGGGUCCAAGAAGCAGCCUCUCUUUAUAAAGCAAAGAAAGGUGAACCUCAGGAGAGAAUAGGUUAUAGGAAGAUAGAAGGUAGAGUCUGCUUCCUAAAGGCACAACAUCCAGCCAAGGAAGUAGAAAUCACAUACGAAUGCCUGGAAGAUACUCAGCCUGAAACACUUAGGAAACACAACAUCAUGGGUGAUCAAAUUUACACAGACGGGAGCAAAAUUGAGGAAUGUGUUUGUGACAGUCAAAAAGAAGAAAGUGUAGAACAUUUACUAUUAGAAUAUCCUAAAUACUUACAAGAUAGAUUUAAAUUAGAAAUGGUUACAAAUAUGCAACCUAAAAAAGAAAAUAUUAGUAAAUUGUUAGCAUGUAAGAAGCAUAGAAAUAGGUUUAUAACAUACUGUAUAGAUAUAGCAAAAGAUGUAAUAAAUAGAAAUAAGACUAAGUAA